UCAAGAAUAAUUUUUGAGCUGUUCAUAAUGCAUAUAGGAAGUGUAAAUGCUUUUUUUACCUUUGCUACAUAAUUGAUGCGUUUGCAAAUUAACAGGAAACAUUUGAAAACUGUAAUUUAAUACAUCGUUUGCAAUUUAUUACAUAACAUGUUGUUAGUUACAUUCAUCACAACUCAAUUUUAUUCUUAACUUGUUUAAUGAACGCCUUAAAACAAAUCAAUAAGAUGAUGGACUUCCAAUUUCCAUGGAACCAUCUCCUUUAAAUUUUAAGACAUCUUUUAAAUUUUCCUAACCCUUAUAAGCGAAAAGAUCAAAGCUCUGUGUAAUUUUAGUGGCUGAAUAAUGUUACCUUAGGUGAGGUAAAUGACAGCAAUUAAAAUAUUUUUGCUAAUAAUUUUCUUUUUAGGUUUUAUGUUAAUCAAUUUAAUUAAUUGUCUUCGAAAUACAAACAGUGGUGGAAGUUCAUUGCAUGUUGAUUUAUUGUGUUUGAAAUUUUUCGUGUUGAAGAUUUAGAUUCAUUGCUUAGAAUUAAAGUUUAAAUUGGUUUGGGAAAAAUCCCAAUGAUGAUCUUGUUGUGGGUAUUAUGUUGUAAUGUUAUUUUGUUGUACUCAGUCCAUUGUCAAGGAUUUCCUCCAGUUAUCUCAAAGUAUGGACCAGCAAGCUUAUUCAUUGAAAAAGGACAAUCUGGUAUUUUAAAUUGCACCUUACAUCAACCAGCAAGCAAUGCAACUGUUCAAUGGUUUAAAGAUGGAAAAAAAAUCUUUCCUGAUUCAGAUUCUCGCUAUGCUACAAAUAGCCAAAACGAUUUAAUCAUUUUCAGUGCGCAAAAUGCUUCCAGUAGCACCGAUGGUAGAUACAGAUGCUCUGCCACUAAUUCGUUUGGUACAACAACACAAGAAUACGAUUUGAUUGUUAAAACUUUAUGCUUGUUAACAAUUUUGAACACCUAUGAUGUAAUGGAGAUUCUAACUACUUCGUUUAAAAUGUUAUGGACAAAAUCAUACAAGACAGCUAAUUUUAAAUUUCGCCGCCUCAUAAUUACAAGUGAUUAUAGAAUACUAUGUUUUGGUUAG